UUGUUUUUAUCCCUUUCAGCUGCCUGCUUCCAGCCCCUUGUGCCAUUAUGUAUGAUCGGACUCCUCGAGUGCUCAGAUUUGCUGAAGGCGGAGGCACUGAGGAUCAUGUGGGUCCUGGAUCCUACCAGGUACCUUUCCUGAAGCAGCAGGCAACAGGUGGCUAUGCACCAUUCCUUUCUUUGACUGCCAGAGAAAGUGCUUUUACUGUUGCCUCUGAUGCUGAGAACGCUGCUCCAGGCCCAGGACAUUAUAAUAUUUCAGGAAAACAGAAAAUUUCAAGGUCACCUUCAGUUUUCAGAAGUGUUCAUGUUCCUUCAAUUCCUUCCUGUGGACAGUCAUAUGGUUAUGAUAUUAAUGAUGAUGACAGUAUUGUAAGACAGUUUCCACCUGCUAGUGAUAGCACACUAGGUCCAGCGUACUAUAAACCUCAAUUUGGUUUUUCCAGUGCAACUUUAAAAUACAAGGGAAUACACUUUGGCAACGCUUUUAGAAGAUUAGAGUUACCUGUCAAGUCGGGGCCUGGUCCUGGACAGUAUGAUAUAGUCCAGAAAAAGACACCACAUUAUGAAAAUGUUAAUAUCAAGAAAGAUCAACAGAAAAAAUUACGCUCACAUCUCCCACGAUUUUAUGGAAUAAAGAAAUUGCAGGAGGAAAAAGAGAGAUUCGCACCUGUGAAGUCAACCACCCCAGGUCCUGGCACAUAUAAUGAACCUCGAACUGCUUUCAAAUCCUUGAAGAAAACAUCAACAUUUAAAAAUACUCCGUUUGGUCAAAGUGCUGCUCGAUUCACACAAGGCUCCAAGGCAGAGAAAAUACCAGGCUCUGGGUUUUAUAAUAUCCUCAACAAUACUAUCACCGACAACGUUAGCAAUAAGCGCUCAAAGAGACAGAGAAAAAGUGCAUUCAAGUCUUCUGUUCCUCGGGCUUCCUUCUUGGAUCGGAAAGAAAGUUUUAUUAGUCGUGUUCGUUGUCAGGUAGAAGAAAAAUUGAGCAUAUUAAGUAGAGAAAUAGCACAAAUAAAGACAGGAAUUGAAGUUCUAGAGAUGGAAAUUAUAACACUUGAAAAAGAUUUUUCAAAUUCACAUGCUGGUGGAAUUUCUGAUGAAUUACCUAACUUGACUCAUCAAUGUGUUGCUCUCUUGUCAAGGACAGAAAGAACUACUACAUUAUCCAGGCCUGACCUUCUGGAGACCCAAGUGGAAAGGACAGGGGAAAUGAAAGAAAGAAAGAGGCAAAAAGAUACAAAUAUGGAGAAUUAUACCCAACACAAGACCAAGAAUAAGAGAGACCAAGUUGAGCGGCAGCUCAAAGACCCUCACUGGGAUGACAAUUUGGAUGCUUCUGCUGAGGAUGGAGAGCACUAUGUUCAAAAAUCAUAUGAGCUGUCCCAUGUUCAACACUGAUACAUGCCACCUUGUAGUAUUGUGGCCACAGUGAAACAUGCCUCCUUUCUUAGCACAACUCCUUGGUGUCCAGACAAAAUAACUGAUGGACCAGAUAAGAUUGUAUUCUGA